AUGUCCGCCAGCGCAACAACCACCCCAAACACCCUCAGGCCAUGCACCCGCUACAUAAUAGGCCACGAUGACGCAGCCAGAAGCGUCUUCCUCCCAACACCGGACCUCUUCUACCAUGAGCGCUUCGGCUCCGCCGUAGCAAGAGCAUACAGUCUACCCCGGGUACCAGCGCCCUUAGACGAAGACGCCGAUCUCAAACUCUACAUGGCCCCCGAUGACGGGACAGUGGCGACAUCGUGCAGCAGAGAAAUCAACAAGGUGACUGUUGAUGGCGGCGUGAAUUCGGUUUAUAUUGAUAUGAGCGCUGGGGCUCAGUCGCCGAUGCAUCGGACUGUUUCUAUCGAUCUGGUGGUUGUUAUUGAGGGGGAAAUUGAGUUGGAGCUUGAUUCGGGGGAGAGGAAGGUGCUUUAUCAAGGGGAUACUGUUGUGCAGCGUGGGACGAUGCAUCGGUGGAGGAAUUCGUCGGAUUCGAAACCGGCGAGGAUGUUGGCUGUUUUGAUGUCGAGUGAGAAAUCUUUUAUUGGGGGUCAAGAGCUUAAGCAGGAGUAUUUGUCUGCUUGA